AUGAGCACCUCUCUGUCUUACCAGUCCAUGAGCAAAGAGCAGCAAACUAUGGAUAACCUGGAGAAGCAGCUCAUUUGUCCAAUAUGUUUAGAAAUGUUUUCCAAACCGGUGGUUAUUCUUCCAUGUCAGCAUAAUCUGUGCAGGAAGUGCGCCAGUGACAUAUUUCAGGCCUCAAAUCCAUAUUUACCAACAAGAGGAGGAAAUACUGUAGCAACAGGAGGUCGAUUCCGCUGCCCAUCCUGCAGACACGAAGUGGUUUUGGAUCGACAUGGGGUAUACGGAUUACAGAGAAACCUGCUUGUUGAAAAUAUCAUUGAUAUUUAUAAACAAGAAUCAACAAAAACUACAAGGCCUGAAAGAAAAUCUAACCAACCAAUGUGUGAAGAACAUGAUGAAGAAAAAAUUAAUAUUUACUGUCUGACUUGUGAGGUGCCGACAUGCUCCAUGUGUAAAGUAUUUGGAGCUCACAAAAAUUGUGAAGUAGCCCCUCUUUCUCAUGUUUUUCAAGGACAAAAGACUGAAUUAUCAGAUGGAAUUGCUAUACUAGUUGGAUGCAAUGAUCGGAUUCAAGCAGUGAUCGGUCAGCUAGAAGAGACAUGUAAAGCUGUAGAGGAAAACUGUAGAAGACAGAAAGAACAGCUGUGUGAGAAGUUUGAUUAUUUAUAUGCCGUUCUUGAAGAAAGGAAAGGUGAGCUGACUCAGAUUAUCACUAGAGACCAGGAGGAGAAACUUGAAUAUGUUAAGUCUUUAAAGAAGAAGUAUGCAGAUCAUAUGGAAAUAGUCGCAAAACUGGUAGAAUCGGGAAUUCAGUUUAUGGAUGAGCCUGAGAUGGCGAUGUUCCUUCAGAACUCUAAAGGUUUACUACAAAAAAUUGCAGAAGCAUCUACAGGAUUUCAAAUGGAAAAAAUUGAGCCUGGGUAUGAAAAUAUGAGUCACCUGACAGUGGACCUCAACCGAGAAGAGAGAAUAAUUAGAGAAAUUGACUUUUAUAGGGGUAAGUAA